AUGGGAGAGGGGAGUUUGCUCGACUCCCUAUCCGGCCUCGUUGGCAAGGGAGUCAAGUUUGCCCAAAAGACUUUCUCGACUGUUGCGAAUACAGGUUUGGGGAGUUUGGCGGACAGUGCCUUGGACGGCUUCGACGCAGAAACUAUCAAAAAUGCGCUGGAGGAACCAAGUGUAGAGGGGAUCAUGAACAACAUCAUUCAGAUGGUUAUGUGGCAUGUAUGGAUAUCAUAUGUUAUUCCAAUGAUGUUGAUUAUGAGUUUCUUUUCCGCCUUAUUCUUCGCUGCGUUCGUCUAUGGAUGGCUGAAUAGGUGCUCGGCAGGAUUCAUGAGAUGUUUUACAAUGGUUGCGGAAAUGAUACUCUACGUUUACUGGAAAUCAAAAAAAUCGGUAGAUGCAUUUUGGGCUGAUUACAGUGAAAUUGACGAUUCUGGCAUCCUCUCUAAAUUUAGAGGCCAUAGAUACUUGCCUGCGGCAUACGCUAAGUGCAAGCUUCGUUGA